AUGCGGAGGAGCUGGUGGGCAGCGGGGGGCCACUCUGGCCUCAGCUGGAUCUCCAGCCGCGCGGGAGGAGAGAUGCCCUGGUCUGUCCUGCUCUUUGCAGCUGGUGAGUCUGAUGCCCUCACCGUCACUUCUGCCCCACCGCCCCUACCCAAGCCCACUGUACUUGCUGUGGGACCAGAGGCCAGUGCUGAGCUGCUCUGCCCUUCUCAGGUGAGAGGCUCCUUGGCGAUUCCAGCACCCACCAUCCUGCUGGUGCCCCCGCACCCCCGCAGCCAAGAGGACCCCAUCCAUGUCAAGUGCACAGCCCCCAAGGGCUUCCCGGGCGCAAAUUUCACGCUGUACCGUGAAGAUCAGGUGGUCCAGUGCCUGCAGGCGCCCGCGGACCAGCUCGGGGUGAUCUUCAACUUGAGUGGCGGUGGUAGCCAGCCUCCAGGGGGGACAUUCCAAUGCCAGUACUGCGUGAUGGGGGAGCACAGCCUGACCCAGAAGUCGGACCUCAGCAAGCCCGUGCACGUUUCUUUCCCAGUGCCCACCUGGAUCCUGGCGCUUUCCCUGAGCCUGGCUGGAGCACUCAUCUUCCUUGCUGUGUCGGUGGCUAUUGUCAUGGUGAUCAGGAAAGACAUGUCCUUCGAUAACUCCUUGUUUGCUAUCUCCAUGAAAAUGCCUCCAGAUGAAGCAGCUGCAAGCCUAGAUGGUCACUCUGGCUCCACCAUGGGCCCUGGAGGUGCUGGGCCNNNNGCGGCCGUGUCCAUAUUCCCCAGCGCCCGUCUUCUCACCAUCGGCGACGCGAACGGCGAGAUCCAGCGGCACGCGGAGCAGCAGGCGCUGCGCCUCGAGGUGCGCGCCGGCCCGGACGCCGCGAGCAUCGCCCUCUACAGCCAUGAAGACGUGUGUGUGUUCAAGUGCUCGGUGUCUCGAGAGACGGAGUGCAGCCGCGUGGGCAAGCAGUCCUUCAUCAUCACCCUGGGCUGCAACAGUGUCCUCAUCCAGUUCGCCACACCCAACGAUUUCUGUUCCUUCUACAACAUCCUGAAAACCUGCCGAGGCCACACCCUGGAACGGUCCGUAUUCAGCGAGCGCACGGAGGAGUCCUCUGCUGUGCAGUACUUCCAGUUUUAUGGCUACCUGUCACAGCAGCAGAACAUGAUGCAGGACUACGUGCGGACAGGCACCUACCAGCGAGCGAUUCUGCAGAACCACACUGACUUCAAGGACAAGAUCGUUCUUGAUGUUGGCUGUGGCUCUGGGAUCCUGUCGUUUUUCGCUGCUCAAGCUGGAGCAAGGAAGAUCUACGCAGUGGAGGCCAGCACCAUGGCCCAGCAUGCGGAGGUCUUGGUGAAGAGUAACAACCUCACAGACCGCAUCGUGGUCAUCCCAGGGAAGGUGGAGGAGGUCUCACUGCCCGAACAGGUGGACAUCAUCAUCUCAGAGCCCAUGGGCUACAUGCUCUUCAACGAGCGCAUGCUGGAGAGCUAUCUCCACGCCAAGAAGUACCUGAAGCCCAGUGGAAACAUGUUCCCCACCAUUGGUGAUGUCCACCUCGCUCCCUUCACGGAUGAGCAGCUCUACAUGGAGCAGUUCACCAAGGCCAACUUCUGGUACCAGCCAUCCUUCCACGGAGUGGACCUGUCAGCCCUCCGAGGUGCCGCUGUGGACGAGUAUUUCCGGCAGCCUGUGGUGGACACCUUUGACAUCCGGAUCCUGAUGGCCAAGUCUGUCAAGUACACAGUGAACUUCUUAGAAGCCAAAGAAGGAGAUUUGCACAGGAUAGAAAUCCCAUUCAAGUUCCACAUGCUGCAUUCAGGGCUGGUUCACGGUCUGGCUUUCUGGUUUGACGUUGCUUUCAUCGGCUCCAUCAUGACCGUGUGGUUGUCCACGGCCCCGACGGAGCCUCUGACCCACUGGUACCAGGUCCGGUGCCUGUUCCAGUCACCACUCUUCGCCAAGGCCGGGGACACGCUCUCAGGGACAUGUCUGCUUAUUGCCAAUAAAAGACAGAGCUAUGACAUCAGUAUUGUGGCCCAGGUAGACCAGACAGGCUCCAAAUCCAGUAACCUCCUGGACCUGAAAAACCCCUUCUUCAGAUACACAGGCACGACACCCUCACCUCCACCCGGCUCCCACUACACGUCUCCCUCAGAGAACAUGUGGAACACAGGCAGCACCUACAACCUCAGCAGCGGGAUGGCUGUGGCUGGGAUGCCGACUGCCUAUGACCUGAGCAGUGUUAUCGCGGGGGGCUCCAGCGUGGGCCACAACAAUCUGAUUCCUUUAGCCAACACGGGGAUUGUCAAUCACACCCACUCCCGGAUGGGCUCCAUAAUGAGCACGGGGAUUGUCCAAGGCUCCUCGGGUGCCCAAGGCAGCAGUGGAGGGGGCUCAAGUGCCCACUACGCAGUCAACAGCCAGUUUACCAUGGGUGGCCCUGCCAUCUCGAUGGCCUCGCCCAUGUCCAUCCCCACCAACACCAUGCACUACGGGAGCUAG